AAUGUGCCGACGUUGAGCCCGUGCUGAUUGUGUGCUCGGUGCAACACGGGAUAAAUACAGGGAUUGCGAAUCAUUUAUUCAAGAUGAGUGUGGAAAAUGAAGAAAAACUUUCCACGAGUGUGGAAAAUGAAGAAAAACCUUCCACAUCUGAAAAGAAAUCUCUCUAUUGUGAGAUCUGUCAAGUUGCAUUUGUGACUGAAGAAACCCUCAAGUUACAUGUUGAAGACGAACAUCAUAAAUGGAUGGAAGAAUAUGCUGAUGGUGAAAAAAUAUAUGAAAGCUUGGAAGCGUUUAUUGCAAGUCCUAAUAGAUCAGAACCAGUUAUUGGUUUACAAUACAUAGCACAGAGGAACAUGGAUAUUAAGCAUCCAAAAGCUUUUAAGUGCUGCAUUUGUGAACAUAAUGGAAACCUACCUUCUAUGAUAAAGCACAUAACUGGAUAUAAGCACAGAGUUUCUUAUUUGGCUAAAUGUUACAGUUACAUGUUUCCCUUAUUUAAACGCUACCAGCAUUUUCAUGUUCGGGAUUUCCGUGUCUGUAAACAUGCCAAGAUUAUUGAGCGCAAAGAAGCCUUCUCUAAGAAGCGAGUUCCAGAAAAAGAACCAGAGAAAGGAGUUUUAAAAAAUGAUUUUGAGAAAUAUACUGUGGAAUUGCAUAAACGAUUAACUGCAAGGAAUAAGAAGCUGCAUCUAUGGUUCGAGCAGAAAACACAAGUUUUGGAGUUUUUGAAAACAUUUGUGAUCGAAUCAGAAGAAGAUGAAGCACUAGUGCAGAAACUUAAAGAGGAUCUGCAGGAAGCAAACAGUGUAUAUCGCAAAUACAAGGAAGAACAUAUACUCAUAGUUAAAAGAAACAGCAAGUAUACCGGAUCUAAAAAAGAAAAGUUUCCAGGUAAAAGGAAAUCCAUAUGGGAUGAAGAGCCUAGUACAACUCCAUGUGAUAAGUUUACAAAGGAAACAGAAAGCAAAGACAAAAAAACAGGAACAUUUAGUUUUCCUAAAGGUUUGUGGGAUGAAGAGAAUAAAUUAAGUGAUAAAGAGCAUUCUAUGCCAUCCACAUCAACUUCUUCUGUCACUGAUUUAACGCCAGCCUGCGAUGAUUUAGCUGAAGUGCCUGGAAAGGAGGAUCAGACCGCGGAAAAAAAGCAGCCAUCAAACGCAAAUCCUCUGAAACGGCCCUGGGUUGCACGAAGGAAAUGUACAGGUUAUGGAAGUGGAUUAUGGACUUCAGUUACAAAUAACUCUGAUCAAAAAGCAUCAUGGGGUUCAAAAAUCCCAACACCAAGCUCCCCUUCAAUAUUUGACAGUUUGAAUGCCAGUCCUGGAAAGCCCGAAAAAGACAUUGAGAUGGCAAAAAAACGGAGAGCCUCUGCUGAUAUUCUUUCCACUUUCACUUUAUUUUCUCAAAGUGGAAAUGAACAAAGUUCUUCUUUAUCUUAUUUGUCAAAUCCCUUACUCCUCAAAGAACAGAGCAGUGAUCAAGUCAAGACUAUGGAUCAUGACUUUCAAGAGCUUCCUUCCUCAAGUUCAUCUGAUCUUAAUAUGAACAGUAGCAAGACUCCUGUUAUAGACGACAUUCCACAAAUAAUCAAAAAAUCUAGUCCUGGCCACCAAGAUGAUUGUUUGGAAACUUAUCCUGAAGAACUUGACUUGGAUUCAGAUUUGAAAUACAAUCCAUUUAAUUUGGACCUUGAAAGUAAUCCUGAUGAUCACAUUAUACUUGAUGAAUAUACAGAUGAAAGUGCUGAGGUUGAUGUUGGAAAUGUACAAGAAAAAUCCAUGUUGGAUUCAGAUCUUAACAGCAGUUUACCUGAGGAAUCUGAUUUGAAAGACACCCCAGGUGAGAAAUGUGAUGGCAAUGACCAUUCUCAACCUCCACAUAAUGUGGACUCUCCUUCACAUGACAUGGAGCUGUCAAAUAUCCUGCAUCUUAAACAUGGCAAAAAAAUUACCCCAGAGCUUCUCCAGCAUUUUAAAGGAAAAGAUGUUGACGUGGUAGUCAGCAUCCUGAAGGCUCUCUCACCUUACUACACAGAAUUUCAGAAGUGUGAUCUUCAGGAACUUGCUAAAGUGCUAAGUGAAACUGGAACGUUGGGAUGAACUUUGACACAAGGAAAUGGGUCAUUAAUUAUGGUGCAACUUUUUUCCCAAAUCUAUCUGCAUUGUAAGAAAAUGUCUAACUAAUUUAUGCCAUUGUGGAUAAUACAAGUUGUGGUUUAUUUGGUUAUUUGGUCUUGGCACCCAGCUCAUUUAUUAAAAUCAAGUUGGUUGUUUAGAACACGAUUAAAGGAUCACUCCAAGCACCAUUACGGUCAGUCAAUUAGCUAAACUGUCCUUUGCAAGGUUUAUGUCAGGAGAGCUUACAGACGACCCUGCUGAGUUAUUUCCAGCUCUCAGGAGAUGGUAGUAAAAGCGGGGAGCAGUUCCCAGUGAAUCCUAGAUAAAACAGUGUGACUCCUUACAAUUUUGACUUCCAAUAAGGAGAAGAGUUGAGUUAGGGCACUCCUGGUACCAGAACCACUACAGCAAUCUGUAGUAGUAUUGGUUCUAAGAGUUUUCUUUACAUUUCUUUUCAAGACAGUUUUGUGAAUGGGGAGUCACUGAUUGGCUGACAGCAUCAUCUGACCACUCUCAGCCAAUCAGCAGCCCCCUUGCCGGCAGCACUCUAUGCUUUCUGAAACUGAAAUUUCAGAAGCUUGAUGCCGCCAGUGGGGGAGCUGAGAUUGGCGCUGGAGGCUCACUUUUGGGUUAAACUGUUAAAGAACAGUUAAACCGUUGAGGCUGGGGGCCUCCUGGCACAAUAACAGCUUCAUUUAGAAGUUUUUAUGGUGCCUGGAGUGCCCCUUUAACUUUACUGUCUACUGUGUCAGUUUUUAAAGGAUUACACCAACCACCAUGGCCACUUCUGUUUUUAGAAGUGGUCAUGGUGUUGGCAAUCGGUAUGUACAGAGUUUUUAGCUUGAAACGCUGCCUAUUUAGAGAAAUCUGUACGUUUAUGCUGGAGUGUAGUCAUACCUCCAGCAUAGGUGGCUUAGUAAGCCCAGUUUCAAUCAGAAUAAUGUAAGUUCUGUAAAAAAUAAUAAUAAUUCAAUAAUCAUUUGUCAGCACACACUGCAUGCUGCUAUGGACAUGAGACAUGCUCAUGAUGCUGCCGGCAGUGCUGUGCAUGUGGCUUACACACACAGUCCUAGGAACUGACUCAGUUUAAUAUUCUCCCUCUUUUAUGCCAGCACUUACUUAAUAGCUUUUCCUUUUUUUCUGGAAAUUCAAAAUAGUAGUCGUAUUUUCUACAAACAUAAACUUUUCUUGCUAAGAUGAUAUUGGGGAUUUAAUUGGAAAGAGAAUGAGAAUUCCUCCAUACAUAAAGUUUGCAGAUCCUUUUGUUUGGACUUCCCUGAUAUUUCCAAGCCAGAAGAUUAGGAUCCUGUCCACCCAUUCCUGCAAUAGCCGUCUCGGCUCUUGUGGGAAGGCUUCCCAUGAAGUCUAUGAAGGUCAGCAAUGAUUUGUCUCUGUUGAUUUGAAAACAUUGUUACGAGGAUUGGGUUUUAUUCAGUAUAUAAUCAAUGUUAGACAAACGUUAAUGUUGGUAAUUUUGACCUGGCUUGCCAUUGUUGUUUCAAUUAAUCUCCAAGGUGUUUGAUGAGGUAAAUGUCAGGGCUCUUACAGGCCAGUCAAGUUUUUCACACUGAUUACUGCAUGGAACUUGAUUUGUGCUCUGGGCAUUGUCCAGAUUAACUAAAAAGGGCUUUCUCCAAUAAUACAUUGGGUGCAUAGCGUAGACUAGAAUGCCAGUGUAUUCUGCAGAGUGAAGAUGCUCCUUAGCUAGGCUUUAUGUGCCAAGUUCAAACCAUGAAAACUAGUCUCAGACUAUUACUUCUUCCCUGUAAGUUUUUACAGUUAAUACUAUGCAAUCAGGAAAUGGCUUUCACCUGAUAUUUGCCAUAUCAGAAGCCAAGACAUCAGACUCCCAGAUCGUGAAAGCAAGAAUCUGAACUCCAGAAAGUGCAUUUCCAAUUAAGAGUCCCAAAGUGGAGUGUAUGCUUGAACAGUGUGUGCCUGUCAUUCAAAACCUUUCUUGCGCUAUAACAUAUGAGAUUAGCAUAAGUGUUUAUGGUGCUUGGAGUGUAUUUUUAAUCUUAAAGGGACACCAUAGGCACCCAGACCACUUCAUGUCAAUGAAGUGGUCUGGGUGCAGUGUCCCUGUUCCCUUAGCCUAACACUACCUCUAGUGGCUGUCUACCAGACAGCCACAAGAGGUGCUUCCUAGUGUUUCACAGCAUCCAGCCUCUUCAAAAUCCAAAUAGGAAAGCAUUGGCUCAAUGAUUUUCUGUGGGGAAGGCCUAAUGCGUGUACAGAAUUUGCCGUGCAUGUGCAUUCGAUUCUGGGAUCGCCAUGAUGUUGGCGGAGCCUGAGCCAUCUCCGAGGGACAUUGGCACUGGAAUUGGGUAAGUGAACAAAAGACUAUUAAUCCUUUAUUUGCUGCCUACGUGGCAGGGUGGGGCUACAGUGAGGCUGCUGAGGUACAAUAAGGAUAUGUUAAUUAAAUUCGUACCACCAAACCAGUACUGUUAGCAUCUCCAUGAUCCCAGGUUUGUGGGUGUUACAUGAGUGUAACUCUGUCAUCUAUGUCGGCAGUGGGUGACCCUACUGAGCAACAAUCCCCCCAAAGAACCUGACUAGUUGAGUUUAUUUCCAGCAUUUCUAGCAAUUCUGCUAGUGCAGUUUAAAUAUGAAAUUUCUAUUCACUUUUAUUAUUUAUUUGCUGUAUGCACCAUAAUUGAUACACUUUAACAUAAGCAAGUGUGAGGGGAAUUAUCAAGGUCUUGUGGCUGUUUUGGAAAUGCAUAUCAGAGUUUUGUCACUUUGGUACAGUGGGUGCUGCCAUUUGUGUGAAAAUUAGUUUGUAUUGCAAAUAAGAUAAAGUUGUUUGUUUUUUAUUUGUAUAUUUUACAGAGACAUUUUCCCUCCUUCUGAAACUGCUGUUGGUUUAUUACAUUUGACUGUUUAAAUAAACCUGAUCCAUUUCCAUU